AUGGAUCCGGCAGUGCCAGCACUCCUGUCCCCGCAGAUGGUGAGCGUGUACCGGGCACACCAGCACUCCUGUUUCCUCUACCUGGGCAGUAUCCUGGUGGAUGAGUACGGCAUGGAGGAGGGCUGUCGGCAGGGCCUGCUCGACAUGCUGCAGGCUCUCUGCAUCCCAACCUUCCAACUCCUCGAGCAGCCCAACGGCCUCCAGAACCACCCGGACACCGUGGACGACCUCUUCCGCCUGGCAGCCAGGUUCAUCCAGCGCAGCCCCGUGACCCUGCUGCGCAGCCAGGUGAUGAUCCCCAUCCUGCAGUGGGCCAUCGCUGCCACCACGCUGGACCACAGGGAUGCCAACUGCAGUGUCAUGAAGUUCCUGCGGGAUCUCAUCCACACUGGAGUGGCUAACGACCACGAGGAGGACUUUGAGGUGCGGAAGGAGCUCAUCAACCAGGUGAUGACCCAGCUGGGGCAGCAACUGGUCAGCCAACUGCUGCACACCUGCUGCUUCUGCCUCCCGCCCUACACCCUGCCCGAUGUGGCCGAGGUGCUCUGGGAGAUCAUGCAGAUUGACCGCCCGACCUUCU